CUUGUGUUUUGUGAUGUCGUUGAGACAGAGACCGGAAAGUUCACCCGUGCAUAUUUCAUAGUUGUUUUUUUUCCCACUCAACCAUAACCUACACACCUUUUUCCCCCUUUUAUAUAUCCACACCCCCAAAACAUACACUUUUUUAUUAUUCAAAAGUUUACAUAUACCCCCCAUACCAACAAUAACCAACAACAGCAAAAAGCGAACUCUAUAAUACAACAACGAAAACCAUACGUCUCUCUCUCUCUCUCUAUAUAUAUAUAUAUAUAUAUUCACUCAUCACAUCGCAACAUAACCACAACAUACCGCACAUUUCUAUGACCGCAAUGGCAACGGCUCCUGCACCAUCCACGAGCAUGCAGCAGGAAAGGCAGCAGCAGGAGGAGGGGGAGGAGGAGCAAAAGAAUCUUGUCUUUCACAGUCUGUGCACUACCCCAUUGCCACAAAAGGAGUUAGAAGAACUUCAAGCCAUGCGCAAUAACGAAGACGAUGACGACCAUCAAGAAAUAAUGGCUCAAGUCAACAUAAUCUCAACAAAAUUAACACAAUGGCUCAGUGUGGCGCACAUGACGGUAUUUACACUGGAACAAAGUGUCAAAGAUGACCCCGCCGUCACCUUGGAUACGCGACCGCUCGACGCUGCUAUGCAACAAGCCCAGCCGGUAAUAAAUGCAUUUGUCGAGUUGAGCAACGAGUAUGACGACGACGACUUGUUACCCAGCAUGAUGAAGAUGACGGUUGCCAAGAUACAGAGCGAGUGGUCUGGUUUGCAGCAUUUUGCAUCCUCCGUCACAAAGACCGUCAAUGCGUUGGUUGAGGAGCGGCAGCUGGUGGCUACCAUGGAUUACGUCUUGCUGCAGCUGGACGAUAUUUCGUUGAUGAUUUUCCAGUACCAUGAGAAAAAGGCCAUGGUGACGCCGUCCACGUCGUUUGGCACACAAAUGUCUUCGUCGACUAGCAGUUCAACUUCAAAUAACACAACAGCAACAAACACCAAGGAUGAUGGAAUUUUGGUCGCAAUUGACGAACGGGUCGAGCCAGUGUUUCGCGAGGUAGAACGUGUCUAUGCCCGUAUGACAUCUACAUCUGAUGCUCCUGCGGACAAGUCUGGUAUGCUUGCACGGAAACAUGCCAUGGUUCAGGAACGGUGGGAGAAUUUGCGAUCGGAAAUCGAUGAUCUCAAGUAUGGACUCAAGGAGGAUCGCUGGUUGACGGUGUUCCGACAAGUCGCUGACCAGGUCGAUGUCAUGAUUGAUGGGCUGGAAAAGACCACGGCUCAGUGCUAUGUCAUGAUACAACAAGUGCGAGACAGAGCCGCCACCGCCGUUGGUGGUGUUCCCCGGCCGCAUGGAUCUACCACGUCGAUAUCAUCCUCAUCCUCGUCUGGAUCCAGCCAUAGCCACCAUCACCACCCUCCAGUCGUUGUCGAUCAACACAAGUUUCGGUCGGCGGAAAAGAACUUUGAGGCCAAGUACAAGUACUAUACGCCAUCGAUUGAUCGUAUGCUCGCCAUGCUUGGAAACGGGAUAGCGUCACGUGUGGGCCAGGACUUGCAGACUACCCGACGGCACCAAACCAUGUUGCAGAAAUGGACACAAUUGAAAGGCGAGAUGGACGAUUUGCGAAUGCGCGAUUUGCCAGAGACGGAACGGUUAUUGAUGGCCGACAGACCUAUCAGUCCUGCCUGGUCACGUAUGAGCGAUCGGAGCGACAGAAGCUGGAAGGGGUAUAGGAGUCCAGAGCCACCGGCCGUGUACGAUCGUUCACGAAGUCCUUAUUCACGAUCCACUUUGUCGCGCACUGGGAGUCCGUUGUAUGAUGAUCGACAGCAACAUGGACGCAGUGCAACGCCAAGCAGUGGCAUGCGAAGCCAUAGUAGUAUUGGCAGCGGCGGAGGCAGCAGCGCUUAUAAUCGAACCAUGAGCCCACCGGUUGUGUAUGGUCGUCAGCGUACUGUUAGCCCUCUUUCGUUUGGCAGCUUAUUGCGGCCCAGUACGUCUGAUUCGUCGUCCGUGUCUUCAUCGUCACAGCGCACAGACGAUGAACUACGGAAAAAGAGUCGGGUACCUACGGAGUCAUUUAUGAAGCCAACCAAAAGCAGCACAUUACGCAAGCAGAAAGCGGCUGCAACUGCAGCAGUAACAACAGCAACAGCAGCAGCAGCAUCCAGACAACGUGAAGCCAGUGUACGGUCAGCAACACCCAAUAGCAGCGCCCAUCGCUACCACAACAUCAAUAGUCACACACUUCCCAAACGUCCCAUGAGCAGUAUGGAUCGGGUAGGAUCGCCCACGCGGCUACCUGUUCCUUAUUCUGAGCGCGAACGAGCCAUGUCUCCUGUCCGCCGCUCAGGCACUCCAUCCCUUAUCCCUCGACCUAAGACACCCUCACGGGCAGCAUCACCCACUCCACCACGACCUCGCUCCUCCAUGGCACACAACUCACCAGUACCACCGGUCCCUAAGCAACAGCCACAGCAGCCAUCUGCUGAGCACCAACGGAGGAUAUUACGAAAGAAGCAAUCCAUGCCGGCCUUGAUGCAUCGGUCCGGCUCACCUGCCGCAGCAAGACUCCUCAAUGCACGUACACCAUCACCCCAAUACGGCUACCGUCGUAGUAGCGACUAUACAACAUUCAGCGAUGAUGAGGAAGAAGAAGAAGGCCAAGACGACUAUUACUAUCGGAGGAGGACGGACAACAACUAUAACGACUACGAUGAUGAAGACGACGACGAAGAAUAUUUCAGUAAUACUAAAAACGAUAAUGAUAAUGACUUGUUAACACCCUCAUGGCGAAAGCAACAACAACGACAACGACAGCUGCAGCAAAGACUAGAAGAACAUCCAGCGUAUCGACCGGACCGCAAGGAUCCACUGGACGUGGAGGUGGCCAACAUUGUGAACGCCAGUCCGAUUGCGAUCAAAUGCCAAAAGGGGCCCAACGGAUCAGGGCGAUACUACUUUGGCAGCGAGUUGAGUCCGUCGGUUGGAGGAGGCAAGAAGCUUUACACGUGCAAACUGAUGAGCUAUACAGGAGGAAGACGGAGGCAUAACACGUCGAAUACCGACAGGGCAGCAGCAGCAGCGCCGCGCAACAAGGUGCUUGUGCGUGUUGGAGGUGGAUGGCAGGAUUUGGAAUUGUUUCUACUUCACUAUGGGAUCCUCCACUAAUAAAUAAUAAUAAAUAAAUAAACUGAAUAAAACAAUAGCCGGCUGUUAAGCAC